CUACUUUGACUCUUAACAAGAAGAAGCUUUUGCUGAGGCAGUGGAUGAUGAGAAAGAACUAGAAGAAAUAACGGCACGACUUGCCAAAGUUAGGUCAUAAAUCAAACCCUAUGUUGCUGCAUUUUCCAUGUUUAUCAGGUCAAAGGGGAGGGUGUAGCCUUACACACGGCUACUUGGAUGGAUUGAGAUUGAUAUGUGUAAGGGUAGCUAUACGAGACACAAGGCAAGGUUUAGAACUCAGAGCUAACCACACCUUGGCUGCAGAGCUCAGAGCUAACCGCACCUCGGCUGCAGAGCUCAGGGUUUACCGCACCUCGGCAUUUCACCGUAGGUGUAUGACAGCCACAAUAGGCAUGCCCUCAUCUGAUCAUUUGUCCGUAUCAGAACACCCCUUCUCAAGGAACCUGCUCCGCCAGAACGCACCACACGCAUUUAAUGCGAUUGCUCCCCACAUGGGUGUGGACAAGCCACGUGGGUGCCUUGCCAAGAGGGAUAAAGCCCACAAGGACCACUUGAAGAAGAACCAGCUCGGAGUAGGAACUCAAGGAUAUUCAGCAACAACAUUGGCACCGUCUGUGGGAAAGCGAACAAAAAAUGUACCGAUUGCAGCCGCCCAACAUCAGCAAGUGGAGGGAGUUGGGGAACAUAAUCCACAAUACCCCAACGCCGUAGCAAACGACCCUGUAACCACUCAACUUAAUGCUAUGCAACAACAAUUCGAGGUCUUCCAGCUAGUGCUCGCCCAGCUGUUAGCCAGAGAUAACUCCACUGACCCACUUAUCCACUUAUUAAAUCCAGUUCACCCUGGGGCCCCCCAACCAGCUCAGCAGCCUGUCAACUCCCCAGCCCGUAGUAUCACCCCAACUACUUCCCAAGCACAAUCCCAUAUUCCACCCCAGCCCCAAAACCCGCCUCAACUAGCUGUCUCAGAUGUCUCAAGAAGGCUAGACAAUAUAGAAAAACUGCUAGUCGAGAACAAAAACCCACAACCACAAGUCCCACCUGUACCAACUUCCAUCCCCACUCCUCUUAAUACCAAAAUUACCCAAGAACCAUAUCCGCCUGGUUUCAGGAUGCCACAAUUUGAAACGUAUGAUGGCACUAAAGACCCUGAUGACCACUUACACGCCUUUUUCUUCGUCAUGCAGGCUCAAAACGCCUCAGACACACUAAUGUGUAAGAUGUUCCCCUCCACGUUAUGCGGCAAUGCCCGGACCUGGUAUCACACCCUGCGUCCGAACUCAAUUAGUGCAUAUGCCGAGCUGGCCACCUCAUUUGCCACCAAAUUCUCGAGCAGAAGGUUGAUCAAAAAGACGACACCUGAGCUCAUGCGGAUAAUGCAAAGAAAAGGCGAAUCCUUGAAGAACUACAUGAACAGGUUGAAUGAUGCCAUGCUAGAGGUCAAUGCCUUCGAUGAAGCAGUAGGAAUAACCGCCGUGAUACAAGGCCUCAACCAUGAUCGGUUUCGAGAUAACUUGAUCAAGCACACCCCGACCACUUUUGACGAGAGCAGAAAGAAGUUCAAACCCACACAAAACCGAGGCCCAAUUCCGGUUCCCAAACUAGACAGGCCCGGCUCCAAUGCCCCGCAAAUGCAACCUAGGCAACCCUCGUGGACCUCCUUCACAGUUUCGAGGUUGCAAAUUCUCAUGCAAAUCAAGAAUAAAAUGGAGCUGAGGAGACCGGCCCCCCUACGAAGCCCAACGACAAGCAGAGACCACACUAGAUACUGUGACUUUCACCAAGAUCACGGGUAUACUACAGAAGACUGCCAUAGUCUGAAAUCCGAGCUGGAAAGCUUGGCCCGGAAAUGGAUGUUAAAUGAAUUCAUCCAAAACAGAAAUUUGCAGAAGUUUGUCAAAGAGCAAGGACAACAAGCCCAGGGGUCCCGGACAACAAACAGCAGAGAUGGGGUAGGGUACCAACAAGCACUACCACCUCUCCCACCCCCAUCCAGACUUAUUCACAUGAUAACUGCCCAGAAAAGAAAGAUCGACGAGGAGGAUUGGAAAAACCAGUCUAUGACAUUCACUUCGACUGACUUCGAGGGGGUCGUCACGCCCCACAACGAUCCAUUAGUCACCUCGGUCAUCAUUAACAAUUGUGAGGUCCAACGUGCACUCAUUGACAUCGGCAGUGCUCCAGAUAUAAUGUAUUACCAUUGCUUUGAGAGCCUCAGACUCGACCCUGCCCUUCUACAAAAAUACGACGGGCCCAUCUACGGGUUCAACAACCAGCCGGUACCCGUGGAAGGAGUGCUGCGGCUCAACGUGGGGUUUGGCUCUGGACGGACAAACAAAGAAAUAGCCCCAUCACCAGAGCCACCCCACCCAGAGGUCCCAAAUACCCAACAGAUAAUGGGUGUAGAGAUGCCAGAUAACAGACCAGAGGACGAACCAAGAGCCACCCCGGUCGAGGAAGUCGAAGAGGUGCAACUCGAUGAUAAUGACCCCUCCAAGAGGACUCAGAUCGGCACGAAGCUGACACCCAUAGAAAAAGAAGAGAUCGUGGGUUUCCUAAAAGCAAACAAGGAUGUGUUUGCAUGGACCUCGGCUGACAUGCCUGGAAUCCCAACUUCGGAGGAAGUGCAUAAGCUCUUGCAAGCAGGAUUCAUCAAGAGAGUAGACUACUGCGAGUGGGUCGCCAACCCCGUCAUGGUAAAAAAGUCAAACGGCAAGUGGCGCAUGUGCAUAGAUUAUACCAAUCUCAACGACGCCUGCCCCAAAGAUUGCCAUCCUAUGCCUAGCAUAGACAAGCUGGUAGAGGCUGCCUUAGGGAAUGAAAGGUUAAGCCUUUUGAAUGCCUACUCGGGGUAUCAUCAAGUCCGUAUGGCACCCGAGGAUGAGGUGAAAACCUCAUUUUAUGCCGGAGAUGAAAUUUACUGUUAUGUGAUGAUGCCGUUUGGGCUUAAAAACGCGGGAGCAACAUACCAUAAGAUGGUCACAAUCGUGUUCCGAGCUCAAAUUGGCAGAAACCUGGAAGUCUAUGUGGAUGACAUUGUCGUCAAAAGUUCUCGAGCAGAAGACUACCUGACUGACCUGGCCGAUACGUUUAACAACCUUAUAAGGUGCAGCAUGAAAUUGAAUCCAGCAAAAUGCACUUUCGGCGUCGAAUCAAGCAAAUUCCUAAGUCUCAUGGUUUCCAGAAGGGGGAUAGAGGUCAACCCUGAGAAGAUUAAAACAAUAGAGGAGAUGAAACUGUCGAGGUCAACCAAGGACGUGCAACGCCUAGCAGGGAGGAUAGCAACACUGCACAGAUUCAUCUCCAAAUUAGCAGAUAAGUGCCUGCCUUUCUUUAAGGUCUUGCGAACUACAGCUCAGAAGGAUGAAACGAGAAAACCCCAGAAGUUCAAUUGGACGACUGAGUGUCAGGUGGCUUUUGACGAGCUCAAAGCCUACCUCAGUUCGCCGCCCCUACUGACUAGGGCUCAAGAAGGCAAAAUUCUUUAUCUUUACCUCGUAAUAUCUGAUAUUGCUGUCAGUUCUACCUUGGUUAGGGAAAUGGGGAAACAACAGCAACCGGUAUACUACACCAGUAAGAAACCAGAAUGCUCCGGGAGACUCAUCAAAUGGGCAGUAGAGCUGGGGGAGUUUCAAAUAGCGUUCCAGCAAAGGUCGGCAAUCCGAGCUCAGGCUUUAGCAGAUUUAGUGGUCAAAUGCACUUCCAAUCAGGUGGAAUCGAAUUUUGAGGCAGAAACAUGGACCCUAUAUGUCGAUGGAUCAUCUAAUAGUAAGGGUUCAGGAGCUAGAGCAGUACUAACUGGACCUGACAACUUCCAGAGUGAAAACGCUCUGAAAUUUAAUUUCGAGGCCACAAACAACGUGGCCGAGUAUGAAGCCCUCCUUUUGGGACUGCGUUUGACGACCGAGCUCAAAGUCAAACGCCUGCAGAUUUACAGUGACUCACAACUGGUAGUUAACCAAAUCAAUUCUAUGUGCGAAGUCGUUGAUCCCAUCUUGGCAAAGUAUGUGGCCGCAGUCUCUGAGUUGAAAAACCGUUUCGAGAAAUUCCAGCUUACAAAGAUUCCGAGAGCAGAAAACGAGCAUGCAGAUUCCUUGUCGAAACUAGCAUUUGAGAACUCCAGGGAAGCAAAAUCUGUGUACAUCGAGAUACUAAAUGAACCGAGCUUCCAGACGUCGAGGGUGCUGGAGAUUAGUACUGAUCUAAAGGCUCCUAGUUGGACGGACCCCAUCCGGGGGUACCUCCUUAGUGGCACCGUCCCAAGGGACAAACAGGAGGAGAUGAAGUUGCGAAGAAAAGCCUCUCGGUACACCCUGGUUGGCGACAUUUUGUACAAGAGAUCCUACUCGCUGUCUCUCCUCAGAUGCUUGACACCAUACGAAGUAGAGUACGUACUAAGAGAAGUACACGAUGGGGUAUGUGGCAGUCACGUGGGAGCCAGGACUCUGGCACAUAAGGUACUUCGGCAAGGAUAUUAUUGGCCUAACAUGCAAGAAGAUGCAAAGAAAUUCGUGCAGAGAUGCCAGACAUGCCCCUUUGUCAAAGCAGUAGGGGGGGCAACGCAUUUAGUGGUUGCUAUUGAUUACUUCACCAAGGACUUCUGCUCCAACUACGGGAUUAAGUUGGUGUUUACUUCCGUCUAUCAUCCCGAGGCCAAUGGAAUGGUUGAAUCAGUCAACAAAACCAUCUUGGAAGGAAUCAAGCCGAGGUUAGAUCAGCUGAAAACAAAGUGGGCAUAUGAACUUAACAAUCUCCUGUGGGCCUACCGGACAACAAGCCGAACUGCCACAGGCGAAACGCCCUACCACUUAGCCUUCGAUACCGAGGCAGUCAUUCCUGUCGAAAUUGGUGUCCCAAGCCUAAGGGUCAGCCACUUUGAGCCAAUUCAAAAUGAGCGUCUACUAAGGGAAAACCUUGAUUUCCUAGACGAAGUCCGAGAGCAAUCUCGACUUCGGACUCUUGCAUACAAACAAAGAAUAGCCAACCUUUACAAUAAACGGGUCCGACCUCGAAACUUCAGAGUCGAUGGCCUCGUCCUCAGAAAGGUUGGGCUCACAGGGUUCGAGACCCGAUAUGGCAAGCUAGCACCAAACUGGGAAGGCCUUUACAUUGUAACCGAGGUCCCGCACCCCGGUGCAUACAUUCUCCAAGAUGCCGAAGGCAAAAGAGUAUCCAGAGUUUGGAAUGUUAAAAAUCUCAAAAAAUUCCAUCCUUAAGUUUGUUUCUUUACUCUGUUGGACAUUUUUUUGUAAUUAAUACAAUUGAAGAUGACGU